ACCGAUUCCUGAGCGAAUCUCGCAUCACUAACGGUGCGCUUCUUGUGCGUCAUGAGCAACCCUUUAUAUAUCUGGGAUCUCGUAACACGCGCCCUUUUUUCUUCUAUGAUAAAUUAUUCUUUUUAAGUCCAGGGUGGACGUAAAGGCAUUCUAGGCUUAAUUAGCACAAGAAAGCCCACCACUCGGUUAUUCUGGGCUUAGUGUCCAUCUCUCCAUCCCAUUCGCUCACCGAUCCGCGCGCGCCAACAAUAUUCCUGCGACUGAUGUCCUCCUCAUCCGAGCCGACAUGGCUCCAUGGACCGCGUUGUGCCUACUGCUGGCCACUGCGACAAGUAUCCAAGGAGCUGACACAGAGGAGCGACUGGUCGAGCAUCUCCUAAAUCCUGCUCACUACAACAAACUCAUUCGGCCAGCAACUAAUGGCUCGGAGUUAGUGACCGUGCAGCUGAUGGUUUCACUGGCACAGCUUAUCAGUGUGCACGAGAGAGAGCAGAUCAUGACAACUAACGUCUGGCUAACUCAGGAAUGGCAGGACUACCGUCUCGCAUGGGACCCGGAUAAGUUUGAUGGCAUGAAGAAGGUCCGCCUUCCAUCCAAACACAUCUGGCUGCCUGAUGUUGUCCUCUACAACAAUGCUGAUGGGAUGUAUGAAGUUUCCUUCUACUCCAACGCUGUAGUCUCAUAUGACGGUAGUGUGUUCUGGCUGCCACCAGCAAUCUACAAGAGUGCCUGCAAGAUCGAGGUGAAGCACUUCCCAUUCGACCAGCAGAACUGCACGUUGAGUUUCCGUUCCUGGACCUAUGACCGCAUGGAAGUAGACCUAGUGUUGCGUUCCGACGUGGCCAGCAUGGAUGACUUCACACCGAGUGGUGAGUGGGACAUCAUUGCGUUACCUGGGCGUCGCAAUGAGAACCCAUCAGACCCAGCCUACGUGGCCAUCACUUAUGAUUUCAUAAUCCGCCGCAAGCCACUUUUCUACACAAUCAACCUGAUAAUCCCAUGUGUGCUGAUUACAUCACUGGCUAUUCUGGUGUUCUACCUGCCGUCGGACUGUGGUGAGAAGAUAACGCUAUGCAUAUCUGUGCUGCUAGCGCUCACUGUAUUCCUGCUGCUCAUCUCCAAGAUUGUGCCACCCACAUCUCUGGAUGUGCCACUUGUGGGCAAGUACCUGAUGUUCACCAUGGUGCUUGUCACAUUCUCCAUUGUCACUAGUGUGUGUGUGCUCAACGUGCACCAUCGUUCUCCUACCACCCACACCAUGCCCCCGUGGGUCAGGGUGGUCUUCCUUGAUAAGCUCCCUGCACUACUCUUUAUGCGACAGCCCAGGAACAGCAGCGAGCGGCAAAAGCUACGGCAACGGCGUCGUGCCGGUGAGAAACUUGGAAUCUCUGGACAAGAGAGUGGCGAGGCGUGCACAUGCUACGUUAAUCGGGCCUCGGUCAAGCAGUUUGGAGGAGAGGUGGGUGAAAGCGGUGGAGAAUCCAUAGAAGGAUUGAAUGGUCUGAGGGAUGGAGGACGUGAGGGCAGAGAGGGCACCUCAGCUUUGCCACGGACAAAGCAGCAGCCUCCUGCUGCUAUUCCUCAGGGCCUUCUGGGCCAGGCAUGCCCAGGUUUCGAGGAAGCUGUGGAAGGAGUGCGUUUUAUUGCCAGCCACAUGAAGUGUGAAGAUGACGAUCGCAGCGUGAGCGAGGACUGGAAAUAUGUUGCCAUGGUAAUCGAUCGCCUCUUUCUCUGGAUCUUCGUCUUCGUGUGCGUCUUUGGCACAGUAGGGAUGUUCCUGCAGCCUCUAUUUCAGAACUCAUCCAAGACUGUCAUGAAUACGCCGGGCUGACCGAUCGGACAUCCCGACAUCACAGGAUGGAGAAAGGAGAGAGGAUCGUGAGCUCAUGCCAAGGGGAACUGAGAUGGGUUUGCGUCUGACUUUAGGUUUAUAUGGAGACCUUUUUUGGAAUAUCUAAACACAAUCAAUAACCACACAGCAAUUUUUUAAAAUGCGAAGCACCUCUCAUCCAAUACCCUCCCUCGUCUUUUUUGUGUGACACAAUAAGCAAAUCAGGGAGAGAGCACACUUCACUCUGCCAGCCAAUCAGUGUUAAUCUCUGCAAGCAGCCUGCUAUUGAGCCAUCUUCACCCACAAGCUCCACCGUGUGACCGCUAGAGAGCAUACAGCUUCUUCAAGAGACCAGUGACUGCUAAAUACUGUGGGAGAAAUGGGAUUAAGUCAAAAGUCAUUUUUAUUUCUAUCUCUUCUAACAAUUUUCCAGUACGAUUCAUUUUUCCUAGUCAUAUCUACAUGCUAUAUAUCUACAUACACGACUCAAUGAUCAGUUUAGGCUUUGAGGCAAUAUUGUAUUAUUCUCUUAACAUAACCAGAAUGUGUGUUACGGUGUUGACGUGAACGACAAUACAUUAACCUUAGCAGGGAAACAAGUUCUGGAAACUGUACACUACAAAAGCGGGAGACAUUAACUAAUCACACUUCUGAGAAAACGUAAGACAAACUGAAUAGGUAUAGGCAUUUUAGAGUUUAGUUCCUCUUUUCCUUUCCUUUAAUUUGCUUUUAUACAUUUCGGGUUCCUUGUGCAGCUCUAAAGUGUGUUGCCAUUUGCUUGGAAUGAAUGGUGGAGCACACACACAGUGUAUUAUUAAUGUUUUGGGACACUGUCGUUUGUGGUGGCGGGUAACAAUACACUCCUGCACUAUGUUUGUACCAUAACCUUGCUUGCACUGCUGCCAUCCUUUCCAUUCAACUGUAUCUCUCUCAUUGCUUUUACUUUCUCCUUCUAUUUGAUCCCCUGUCUUCAAACUUACCGUGGAGUGAAAUCCAUCCUAAUAUUGUUAUACUCUGUAUCACAAACCCUGUCUGUAUGAAUUUUAAUCAUUCACUUGCCUGUGAUGUACGAUUACGGUUGGCUCAAUGCAAGCCAUUUGAUCAGGGUGGUUUUUCACGGUAAUAACCUGCUACCUUUUUUCUAAGCCGGGUCUUUCCUAAAGAGGGUCAUUGAAAAUCCAUAUCUGAACAAAUCUACUUGUGUGUUCCUGCGUGCCAUUCAGGUGAUUCAUCACUGUCCUCAGAUUCUCCCGCAUAUAUAUUUCUGCAUCAUCGCCUUAGGGACACGAGGCCAUGUUUCCAGUUCUAAAAAGUAUCCUUAACCUUCCUUCUAAUACCGUAACUAAAGGAAAAGGAAUUAUAUCCCAUUUUUUAUUUUAUCUACAUUAGCAACAAAUACUUGCCAAGAGAUGUUAUGCUGGCAAAUAAAGAUGCACCUCUAUGCAUAAUUUAAACAAACACACACACACACACACACACACACACACACACACACACACACGCCCUUCCCAGACUCACGCCUUUAUUCCUCUGCCUGACCCUUACACUAUCUUAACCUGUUAAAUAAAGGCUAGAGGUUCAUUAAUUAUGAGUGUGUGUGUGUAUGUGUGUGUCUGAUUUAUGAUCAAUUGUGUCUAUGUAAAGGUUUAUUAAUGGCUUCUUGGAAUUAACUGAGAUCACUGACCUUUUUAUUGUGAGUAAUGUAGACAAAAGAGGUACAUUAGUAAAAGUGAAACAACUAUUCCGUCCAGAGGGGGAAUUCGUGGCCUAAUAGUUAGAGAGUUUGACUCCUAACCCUAAGGUUUUGGGUUCGAGUCUCGGGCCGGCAACACCACGACCGCGAGGCACCGAACCCUCCCCAACUGCUCCCCGGGGGCCGCUGCAUAAAUGGCUGCCCACUGCUCCGGGUGUGUGUUCAUGGUGUGUGUGUGUUCACUGCUGUGUGUAUGCACUUUGGAUGGGUUAAAUGCAAAGAAUGGACUCUUGAGUAUGGGUCAACGUACUUAGCCGUAUGUCACGUCACUUUCACUUGUCACUUUUAGAAUUGAUUUUCAUUAUCAUAACUAGAACAGAUUCCAUUCUGAGGAUAAGGAAUUUUAACCACACUGACUAAAGCUGAGCUAGGUCUUCGAAUUGCAGUGGUAUUUAGGAGAUACUUAACAGUCUCUAAACCAGGUCAAAUAUCAACCCCCCAACCCCCCACCCCCAAUAUUGUAGGAAAAGAUAUGUUUUCUGUCUGUGACAUCCUACAUAAAAAUCUGCCUGAUUUUAUUCUGUUCGGUUAUUUAGUUUGGGCUAAAUCCUAAGUUAAGCAUUUGUGAUUUAGGUCAGAUGAUGUAUACAAAUUCAUUCCCAGGUACCUUUUUUUUAAGAGUCACAGAAUAUUAAGAUUACUACGUAUAUUCAUGGUUGCCAGAUUUUCUUCAUUGGAAGCUUCUAUGACAAGAUUUUCAUUAGAACCUAACCACCACCUUUAAAAAUCUAUUUCGUCAUUCAGUAAAUCCUAUGUAAACAGUGAUACACGAUGGACAGGAAGUACAGCAGUAGAAAUCAUAAAGCUUAGACAGGAGUGAAAACAGAGAAUAAACAACAACCGAAGCCGUUCACUGGACAGGAUACAAACAAAUAUUUUUGAUGUUUAUAUUGCACACAAGAUCUAUUCGAGGUCAUAUAGUGAUGUGUACAUGGGCUGUAGUUGUUUAUACUUAACUUAUGUUGACUUAUUGUAGUAAUAAAAUAUUGCCAAUAAGUUUGUUAGUUUAUUGUGCUUCCCCGUAAAUAUAUAUAUUUGCUCAAGGUUUUAGAAGGUGAACAAACCCUCAUUGGCAGCAGAACAUCGUCCACAGCAUCGCAA